AGAAGAAGAGAACCUCACUACAGUCUCUCACUCUCACCGAUACUCGACUCAACAUGGGGCUGUUAAAGCUAUUUCCCGUUUUCUUCGGUAUAGUGGCGUGCGUGGGAGGCUACCCCUUUGAUCCCUACGCUCCCCUCUACACACCUGCGUUCUACACACCUGCAUAUGGCCCCUCUUACCACCCCCCACCCCCUCCACCUAUCUACAAACCAAAACCUGCAAACGAACCAACAUACACACCUAUAUACACACCCAAAUCUGAUUCCAAACCUGACUACAAACCUGAAUACAAGCCUCCAAGUUACAGGCCCAAACUUGACUACAAACCUACCCCUAGUUACAAGCCCAAGAUAGAUUACAAACCUGACUACACACCUGCUCCUUCUUACAAGCCUGAAGUGACUUACAAACCUGUUCUCCAUUACAAGCCUGAAGUGGAAUAUGAUGAGGACCCUAAACCAUACGCCUUCGACUACGGCGUGAAGGAUGACUACACUGGAGCCCAUUAUGGCCACAAGGAGAAAUCAGACGGCCAGGAGGUCAAGGGGUCAUACUCAGUCGCCCUUCCAGAUGGUAGGAUACAAACAGUGAAGUACAAGGCCAAUCACGAACAAGGAUUCCAAGCUGAGGUAUCCUACGAAGGGGAUCCUAUUUAUCCUGAUUCUAAGGGUCAUUCACGCCCUUCAGUACGCCCUUCACGCCCCUCACCCAGCCCUGUGUAUUCUAAGGACUAUGAUGAUGCCUACAAGGGGUCCUACAAGGGGUCCUACAAGGGGUCCUACAAGGGGGUUUACGAGCCAUAUCCUACCUCUGUGUAUUCUGAUUCGUUCUAUGGUCCGGUUUAUGAUUAUGAUCCGGUUUAUCCGAUUUUUUAAGUUUAUACGGAUUUGUUUCGUUUUUUUUUUCAUACAAUUUUUUGCGAUUUUUUUAAGGUAUUUUUUGUCUUUUUUUUUGUCAGUUUGUUUACGUAAAAAUCAGGUGUUUAUUUUCAUUUAUUUUUCUUUUUUUUACAUAAUGUUUUUCUUCUUAUUUUUUUCCCCUUUCUUGAUUUUUUUUUAUCUAAGUAUCUUUGAAAACUAUCUUCCCACAUAUUCCUGGGAAAAUAUUAAGUAAGUUUAGCGUUGGAAAAUUUCUCUUUUUCCCUUCUUUUUCUUUGUCAAUCAGGAAAAAAUAAUUAAUCUUCUCUUUUCAUUCGCAUUGCUUACGUACGUGAAGGAAAACAAUGCCCAAUUUUUUCCCUGCAGAGGUGGAGGGAAAAAAGACAAGAUUGGCAACACUUUUUUUCCUCCUCACUCCUUUUUUUUCCUUUUUUCCCUCAUUUGUCUUAAGUGGAAUUCAUUUUCUGUCAAGUAUUCUGUUAUUCUCCAACGACCAAUAAAAAUAAUCACUU